AUGUCGUUUUUCUACAAAGCCCCAUUAGACAUCGAGAUUCGACUCGAAAACGAAGACACGCGCAAGACGGUGGAGGUAAAGAGCCAGGCAAAGGGCAAACUGCAGGCCAAGGAGAAGUACCCGUUGUACGAGGACGGCGAGACGGUGAGGGGUACCGUCACGGUCCGAGCGAAAGAUGGCCGCCGGGUAGACCAUUUGGGAAUCAAAGUGCAGUUGUUGGGCACCAUUGAGGUGGUGCAUCAGGACACCAAGUCUGCGGACGACUUUCUUUCCUUAUCGCAGGAAUUGGCGGCUCCCGGCGAGUUGAAACACCCAGAGACGUACUCGUUUGAGUUCAAGAACGUAGAGAAGCAGUACGAGUCGUACCAUGGGGCCCAGGUGAACCUCAGAUACGUUGUGAGGGUGUCGGUGCACCGAAAGUCCGCGUCCUACGACGUGCUCAGGGAGAAGGAGUUGUGGUGCUACAGCUAUAACAGCCCGCCAGAAGUGCCGGCGAGCGUCAAGAUGGACAUUGGGAUCGAAGACUGUUUGCAUUUGGAGUUUGAGUACUCCAAGUCGCGCUACUCGCUUAAGGAUGUGAUAGUGGGGCGUAUCUACUUUUUGUUAGUGCGCUUGAAGAUCAAGCACAUGGAAUUGUCGCUUAUCAGAAGAGAAAUCGUGAAUACAGGGUCCGCCCAGCAGCCGCAACAGCUGCACAACGAGACGUUGGUGCGGUUUGAGAUUAUGGACGGGGCGCCGGUUAGGGGGGAAACCAUCCCGAUCAGGUUAUUCUUGGGGGGCUUUGACUUGACGCCGACGUACAAGGAUGUGAAUAAGAAGUUUUCCACGAAAACGCUCUUGAGUUUGGUGUUGAUCGAUGAAGAUGCAAGAAGGUACUUUAAGCAGAGCGAGAUUGUGCUAUACAGGGAGUAA